AUGUCUCUCAAUUUAGUUGACCCGAAUAUAAGCAAAGCACAUAACAAUCUAUUAGAUAAUGGUGAAGGUAGUUGGUUUACACUAGGCUACCCUUCUGAUUCAAAGGAUCAGCUUGUUGUGAUGUCUUGCGGAGAAGGUGGUUUGGAUUCCAUUAAGCAUUCACUACCAGAUGAUCAUAUACUUUUCUUCAUUCUUUGCCAACAUACCAAACUAAUUGAAAUUCUCUGGUGUCCAGAAGUUGGCGGCGUGAAAAAGGCUAGAGCCAUGGUACAUGCAAGGGCUGUAGCUGCACACUUUAAUAUAUCAACUUCUAACACACACUCCGCAUCCUCGGUUGACGAUUUAAGCGCAGCCAAAGCAAAGAAUGACACAACUUUAAAUGGAUCUGCGCCACCUUCACGUCCGCCACCACAACCCAAGCAAGUUAUAGAACCUCCAACAACUGUACAAAACUUGGACACAGAAGAAGAUGAUACCGAUUCAAUCGUAGAUGGAUACCACGAUGUAGAUGAUACACCGCAGGGAGUUGAGCAAGAGGACUUGGUUGAGAGGCAGAGGAUAGAGGAAGCCAAACGUAUUGAAUUUGAGCUCGAGCAGAAGCGCAAGGGGGAAGUUGAGGAAAGGAGGAGAGUGGAUGAAGAGAGGAGGAGAGUGGAACAAGAGCACAAGAUUAGAGUGGAACAGGAGCAAAGGAUGAGAGUGGAUGCAGAGGAUAAGCGUAAAGCUGGUAUAGUGAAACAAAAGAGUUUAGAGCAAGAAAGGAUGAAUAAAAUGAUUAGUUCUGGUCAAGUUGCACUCAUGGGGAAGCUUUCUGCUCUCACGAAAUCUAAUAUCUGGCGCAGAAGAUACUUUGAGCUCUCGUCGAAAGCAUUGGUGCUGUAUAAGGAGGAUUUGAGUUCAAAGACGCCUAUACAAGCGAUACCGUUGAACAAGAGCACAGAGGUUGUGGACAGCUAUGAAGAAGUACUCGUAAAGAACUCAUUCAAGUUGUCUAACAAAGAGGAAGACCUGUUUGUGUACGUCGAUGACGCUAUUUCAAAGGCCAAGUUGAUGGAAGCGGUACAAUCAGCUGUCAAUUGUUAG